CGUGUUUCUUUUUUGCUCCUCUCUUGUAUGUGUGACCCACUUUUCUGCUGGGUCCAGAUUGCGGUCUACUGUUACCAUGUUGGAGGCUUGUUUGUGCCUACUAUCCUAAUUCUUAUCCCUGUGCGGACCAUGCCCCUUUCUAUCACCCAUCUUAUCAGGUCGCCUGCUGGUUAUGAGACAGCACGCAUAGGCCUUUCGCCAGAGCCGGAAUCUCACAAUGGAUAGGAAAUGCAUUGUCCAUAAACGCCUAUAUGACUCGGAUCCCCAGUGAAACCAUCCAUUAUUAAACGGAGAUGCGAGACAAUGCGCGAAAGAGGCUAGUUAGGGCUCGGUACUCCGCACGAACGAUCGUAAGUAGGGUGCUGACGCCGACACACAGACGGUUAGGGGUGACGUACAGGACUGGAUGGUUCUUUGUGCUGCAAUAUUCGCUAACUCCUUA